AAGAAGCGGGGACUCCCUGGAAUUAAAACCGGAAAGAAAGCAAGCAGAUGAGGAGCAAAGACUUUUGUGACAAUCUGACAUCUUUUUCACUUCUAUAUAUAUAUAUAUAUAUAUAUAUAUUUAUUUAUUUUUUUAUUAACUGAGUUAGAAAAAGCCUUAAAACUUCCCAACUUCACAAACAUUUUCCUCAGGGACAAGCUACACAAGUACAAGCAGCGAUGGUGCCCUCUCUCCUCCAGGCCUACAGGAGGCGUUGGUGGAUGGCGGUGACGGCAGUGAUCGAGAAUCUACUGUGCUCGGCCGUGCUCUUGGGUUGGGGCUCGCUGCUCAUCAUGCUGAAGCGAGAGGGCUUCUACUCGCACCUUUGCUCAGAUAACGAUUCGGUGGUGGUGUCUUUCGGCAACUCGUCCGACGGUGAGGUGGAGGAGUGGCUCAGCUGUGUGGACCAGGAGGAGAUGUUGAAUCUGGGCUUCACCAUCGGCUCCUUCCUGCUCAGCGCCACCACCUUGCCCCUUGGGAUUCUGAUGGACAAGUUUGGACCGCGCCCCAUUCGCCUGACGGGCAGCUCAUGCUUUGGUUUGUCCUGCAUCAUGAUGGCCGUAUCUGCCUACAACCCUCCAACGCUGUCAGCCCUCAUCUUUCUGGCUCUGUCCAUGAACGGCUUUGGAGGCAUCUGCCUGACCUUCACCUCGCUCACGCUGCCUAAUAUGUUUGGUGCCCUGAGCUCCACCAUUAUGUCUCUGAUGAUUGGCUCGUACGCCUCGUCUGCUGUCACCUUCCCUGGAGUCAAGCUCAUCUACGACGCCGGCGUGUCCUUCGAGGUGAUCAUGUGGGCCUGGGCGGGCCUUGCUGGGUUUGUCUUUGCUAACUGCUUCAUAAAUUGGCCCACGGAAGGUUUCCCGACGCCCGAAGAAGUCGAUUACAGUAAGAUCCUCACACUGCAAGAGCCGCCGUCUUCAGACCAGAAGGUCGUUGGAGACACAUUGAGGGAAAAAAAUAGCGACGUCCAACACUCCACGGAGGAACUUCCCAAUGGAGGCGAUGUUGUGCCCAAUGCCGUUCCAUUCCGCCGCUCCGUCUUCUCCCCCAUCUUCCUGUGGAGUCUCGUCACCAUGGGGAUGUCGCAGCUGAGGAUCAUCUUCUUCAUGGGCGCCAUGAACAAGAUGCUGGAGUUCAUGGUGACGCACGGCGAAGAACACCCAUCGGAAGACUUGGUGAUUGAGAGUGCAGAGAAAGUGAGUUUCUACUCAUCCAUCUUCGGCACCCUGCAGCUGCUGUGCCUUGUCACGUGUCCUUUGAUCGGUUACAUCAUGGACUGGAAGAUGAAGGAGUGUGAAGAGGACAAGCCUCUCGCAGCAGGCAGUAAAAACAGCCUGACCAGCAGGCCCAAGCGAGACCGCAAGAUCCAGAAGGUGACCAAUGCCAUGAGGGCCUUCAUCCUUACCAACCUGCUGCUCAUCGCUUUCGGGUGCUGUUCCCUCAUCGACUGCCUGCCUCUACAGAUCCUGACCUUCAUCCUUCACACCAUGGUCCGGGGCUUCAUCCAUUCCUGCUGUGGAGGCCUCUAUGCUGCUGUCUACCCGUCCAACCACUUCGGCACACUGACAGGCCUCCAGUCCAUGAUCAGCGCGGUGAUCGCCUUGCUCCAGCAGCCACUCUUCAUCGCCAUGGUCGGCCCACUCAAAGGAAACCCCCACUGGAUCAACGUGGGCCUUCUGAUCCUCUCAUUGACCGGCUUCCUGUUGCCUGGUUACCUGUUCUUCCACCGCAGAUCUCUGACGAGGGAAAAAGAGGACCGUGACAAAAGUGCUGCCGGCCAAGAGAUGCAAGCACUCAACCACACGGAGGCCAACGGUUACAAGCACCAGGGCAACGGGCAGGCGGCUGUCGAAGCUUAAAACUCACCAAUAGAAGCAAGGAUUUAAGGAAAUAUAGAAUAUAUUUUUGUACGUACCUUCAUAAUGAGCAGCGAUAUGUCCAAUGUUUUGGGGGUCAUUGUAAACCAUAUCAUAGCUAAGAUAGGACCCAAACCCCCCUUUCCCACCCCUAGGCUCGCCCGUCUGUGCUUUGACUGAGUGUGUAAGCUGCGUUCAUGCUGUGGUGGGAUGUGGGUGCAAACUGUGUCACCAUCAUUUGUUAUUUAUUGGGGUUGAUGUUGGCACAGAGCCAAAUGAGUUUGAUCCAAAGCCAUACACAUGGGUUCUACUCAACAAUGCACACGCCCACCCUGGCGUGGCCUCAGUGUUACACUGCGAUGUCACGGUACUUGAAACACUUGAAUUGAGUUUUCAAAGAAUUAUUAUUGCAAUCCUCGCGAACACCAAAGAGCAACCUGGAAAAUUGUAGAAAUGUUUUUUUUUCUUCCAGUAUUGUUUGAAGUCUUCUGAAGGUUUUAGUGCAUUAUUAUUGUUAACCAUCCUUUCGUCACUGAGAUCCAAUUCAUAAACAUCCCUAAGGUAGGAAACAUGAUCAAUAACGACUAACUCUGCAGAUAGGCCUGGUUCUAGAGACACCAUAUCUACCUCCUCCAUUUAAUUAUUUUGUACUGUCUCUUUGCAGCCGACCGCACAAUCUGUCCACUUAUUUUAUUUUUUUAACAGUAGAAAAUAAUUCCCAAAACAAAAAGGCCAAUUGACUGAUUAUUCAAUGAAUACAGUGUCAAUGAUGUUUAACACUUUGUACUGCUUUAUGCACAAAAAUGAGAUAGUGUGUAUAAAAUAUGUAUUUAAAGUGUUUUUUUUUUUUUUAUACUAUAGCUGCAGUAGAAGUCAAAAGGGAAGCAUUUGUUGGACCAGCAAAUGUUUUGUAGUGUGCCAAGAUGAUUGCCUGCCUUUGCUUUGCUGUUCCUUUUCUUGUCAUGUCGUGUUGAUUCACGAGUAAGAAUCCUGCCAAAAUAAUCGACUUUCUGUAAAUAGCCGUGAGGAGUGUUGUAUUUCGUGAUAUUUUCUUCUUACUUUACCACAUAGUGUGUGUCUAGUUUGUUGCAGGGUAUUAACCAGAAGAUGCUUGUUGUGCUUCAGUGUUUUAUGUAGUUAGUAGUAUCAGAUUGGAUGAUUACGAUCAAACCUCCUGUAAGAUUGUACAGUUUGAACUUAUGCAAUCACUUUGUAAAGGAUGAUUUGUUUUGACUCAAUGCAUUUCAGGGUCACCACGGGUUGAUUUUAUGACUGUCAAGAUGUGAUGCAUUUAUUUACUGUUUUCUUUCCUUUUCUUAAUAUAUGGAAUGCACGGAUUGUGUAUUUUGUCUAAA